UGUCUGUGAUGUUCUGUCCUCAGCAGCAGCAGUGUUCAGUGUUUUCUCAGUUCCUCCUCCAGCUCUCUCCUGAUGGCGCACGCAGGGCUGCAGAUGCUGGGUUACUGUCUGGGUUUUCUGGCUCUGCUGGGUCUGAUCGCCUCCACAGCCAUGGCGGAGUGGAAGAUGUCCUCAUACGCCGGGGACAACAUCAUCACAGCACAGGCGCAGUAUGAGGGACUCUGGAAGUCCUGUGUGUCGCAGAGCACCGGCCAGCUCCAGUGCAAAGCCUACGACUCCCUGCUGAAGCUGCCAGGGGAGAUCCAGGGCGCUCGCGGGCUCAUGCUCACCGGCAUCUUUCUGUGUGGCGUGUCGGCGCUGGUGUCCGUCGUGGGCAUGAAGUGCACAACCUGCCUCUCAGAAGCCCCACAGAUGAAGAGUAAAGUGGCUCUGGCUGGAGGAGUGCUGUUCAUCACUGGAGGGCUUUUUGCUCUGAUCGCCACCAGCUGGUACGGAGAAAAGAUCCGGCAGAAAUUCUUCGAUCCGUUUACUCCAACAAACGCGAGGUAUGAGUUCGGGAAGGCUCUGUACGUGGGCUGGGGCUCCUCAGCUCUCUCCAUCAUUGGUGGAUCUCUGCUCUGCUGUAACUGUGAGAGUAAAGGUUCUGGAAAAGCCUCGUAUCCUCCGGCGCGCGCAGCAGGACGCCCAGGAACCGACCGCGUCUGAACACACUCUGCUUAGCGUUUACAUCACAACAUUUUCUGCCAAGAAUAGGAAACGCUUCAUGUGUUCUGCUACAGUGCUAUUGGGACUGAAACUGAAGCUGAGAAGGAACGUCUUUCAAUUACGUCAAGCGCAUGUGUAGUGUGUGUGUGUGUGUGUUUAGCCGAGUGUAUAUUAAACACAGGUGUGUUAUCGUGAUCCAUGAGUGUGGAUUUACUGCACAUUACAACUAAAAGCAGAGACACAUCAUCUACACACACACACACACACACACACACACACACACCUGCGCAUGUCAUCCCUCUCCUACAAGAACUGUGUGCGGGGACAGCGCCCACUACUGGCCUGAUGUACACUAUACAGUGUUUCCAGCUGUUAGUGCAGAUGUGUGUUUGGCUUGUUGUUCAGACACAGAGUUUUCCCCCUUUUGGCUUCCUCUUUGUCAUGGAAACACAGUGUUUAAUCAGUGUUUUAUGUUCUGUUGUGGUGUUUGAUCAGUGUUUUAUGGUCUGUUGUGGUGUUUGAUCAGUGUUUAAUGUUCUGUUGUGGUGUUUGAUCAGUGUUUUAUGGUCUGUUGUGGUGUUUGAUCAGUGUUUUAUGGUCUGUUGUGGUGUUUGAUCAGUGUUUUAUGGUCUGUUGUGGUGUUUGAUCAGUGUUUUAUGGUCUGUUGUGGUGUUUAAUCAGUGUUUUAUGGUCUGUUGUGGUGUUUGAUCAGUGUUUAAUGUUCUGUUGUGGUGUUUGAUCAGUGUUUAUGUUCUGUUGUGGUGUUUGAUCAGUGUUUUAUGGUCUGUUGUGGUGUUUGAUCAGUGUUUAAUGUUCUGUUGUGGUGUUUGAUCAGUGUUUUAUGGUCUGUUGUGGUGUUUGAUCAGUGUUUUAUGGUCUGUUGUGGUGUUUAAUCAGUGUUUUAUGGUCUGUUGUGGUGUUUGAUCAGUGUUUUGUGUUCUGUUGUGGUGUUUAAUCAGUGUUUUAUGGUCUGUUGUGGUGUUUGAUCAGUGUUUUAUGUUCUGUUGUGGUGUUUAAUCAGUGUUUUAUGGUCUGUUGUGGUGUUUGAUCAGUGUUUUGUGUUCUGUUGUGGUGUUUGAUCAGUGUUUUAUGUUCUGUUGUGGUGUUUGAUCAGUGUUUUAUGGUCUGUUGUGGUGUUUGAUCAGUGUUUUAUGGUCUGUUGUGGUGUUUGAUCAGUGUUUUAUGUUCUGUUGUGGUGUUUAAUCAGUGUUUUAUGUUCUGUUGUGGUGUUUGAUCAGUGUUUUAUGGUCUGUUGUGGUGUUUGAUCAGUGUUUUAUGGUCUGUUGUGGUGUUUGAUCAGUGUUUUAUGGUCUGUUGUGGUGUUUGAUCAAUGUUUUAUGUUCUGUUGUGGUGUUUGAUCAGUGUUUUAUGUUCUGUUGUGGUGUUUGAUCAAUGUUUUAUGUUCUGUUGUGGUGUUUGAUCAGUGUUUAAUGUUCUGUUGUGGUGUUUGAUCAAUGUUUUAUGUUCUGUUGUGGUGUUUGAUCAGUGUUUUAUGGUCUGUUGUGGUGUUUGAUCAAUGUUUUAUGUUCUGUUGUGGUGUUUGAUCAGUGUUUUAUGGUCUGUUGUGGUGUUUGAUCAGUGUUUUAUGUUCUGUUGUGGUGUUUAAUCAGUGUUUUAUGGUCUGUUGUGGUGUUUGAUCAGUGUUUUAUGGUCUGUUGUGGUGUUUGAUCAGUGUUUUAUGUUCUGUUGUGGUGUUUGAUCAAUGUUUUAUGGUCUGUUGUGGUGUUUGAUCAGUGUUUUAUGUUCUGUUGUGGUGUUUGAUCAGUGUUUUGUGUUCUGUUGUGGUGUUUGAUCAGUGUUUUAUGUUCUGUUGUGGUGUUUGAUCAGUGUUUUAUGUUCUGUUGUUGUGUUUAAUCAGUGUUUUAUGGUCUGUUGUGGUGUUUGAUCAGUGUUUUAUGGUCUGUUGUGGUGUUUGAUCAGUUCUGUCUGCGUGUGUUUAACCAUUGCCUGUUUCACCAUGUUAAACCCCUCUGCACUGAUGUAAAUGAACUGCUUACUGUUACUCACUCAUUAAAGCUGAAGUGUGUGUUUUACAGCACUCUCGCCGUCA